AUAUUUUUUUGCGCCAUGAACUGUCGCACUGCCAUUUUGAUUUGAUUUAUUAUACUAACAAAAUUAACGACAAUCAUUAUUUCCUAGCGUAACUUGUUUAUUCAGGAAAAUGUCUAGGUUUUUAAUUUACAGUGCGUUGUUAUGUGUUUUUGUGGGAUAUGCUUCAUCAAGUGUGUUAGCAAUGGAAAAAAAUGCAAUGCCAAUUGAGAAUGCUGCACCUAUCAGUGCAAAAGUAUAUAACGAUUCAUGGGCGUCCAUAGACUCCAGACCUUUACCUAUUUGGUAUGAUGAAGCAAAACUUGGGAUAUUUCUUCACUGGGGUGUCUUUUCUGUUCCUAGUUUUGGUGCAUCUCCCGCAUGGGGGUGGUAUUACUGGAAAGUUAGUGGCUGGCAGUCGUGGAAAGAUUAUAUGGCAAACAACUUCAAGCCCAAGUUCUCAUAUGCUGACUUUGCAAAGGAUUUUUCUACCGAGUUUUAUGAGCCAGAUGAUUGGGCAGACCUUUUUGCAGCAUCUGGGGCAAGAUACAUGGCCCUUACAUCAAAACACCAUGAAGGAUAUUGUACAUACCCCACUAAUGUGUCUUGGAACUGGAACUCGAGAGAUGUUGGACCUCAUAGGGACUUGGUUGGAGAACUCGCACAUUCUAUUAGAUCAAGGACAUCAAUGCAUUUCGGUCUCUACCAUUCUCUAUACGAAUGGUUUAACCCAUUGUAUAUUCAAGAUAAAGCAAAUAAGUUCCAAACCAAUGCCUUUGUGAAGGAGAAGACUUUGCCAGAGUUGUAUGAGAUAGUUAAUGCUUAUAAACCUGACCUUAUAUGGUCUGAUGGCCAGUGGGAAGCACCGAGCUGGUAUUGGAACAGUACCGUGUUUUUGUCGUGGCUGUAUAAUGAAAGUCCUGUGAAGGACACUGUGGUAACCAAUGACAGAUGGGGCUCUGAUACUUUGUGCAAGCAUGGUGGCUAUUUAACAUGUAACGACCGUUUUAACCCAAAAACUCACGUGCCGGAUAAAAAAUGGGAAAAUGCCAUGACUUUGAACAAAGGGUCUUGGAGCUGGAGAAGGGACACUGAUAUUUCUCAGUUUUUAACGUUGAAAGAAUUACUUUCAACGUUCAUUGAAACGAUAAGUUGUGGAGGAAAUAUGUUGAUGAACGUUGGGCCAACUAAGGAAGGGACUAUCUCACCUAUAUUUGGUGAGCGCUUGCAAGAUUUUGGUGCUUGGAUGAGUGUUAAUGGUGAAGCUGUUUAUGGAUCUAAGCCAUGGAGAAUGGUACAAGAUACCAUGGAUAGUAAUGUUAGAUACACAACUCAAGUUAGCACAGGUUCUCUGCUACGUGCUCAAGCUCAUGUGAGAGAGUUGAAAGAGAAAGUGAGAGAAAGAAAGAGAAAAACUGAGGAGAAGUUAAGAGCAGAGAAGAAGCAGUUGGAGAAGGAGUUUGCGAAUGUGGUUUUGGAUGAAAAUCGUCAAAAACGAAGCGUUUUGUUUGACCAGGAGCAAAUAAUAAGAGAAUUCAAAACCAGACGCGGUGAAUCAGUUGAAACAGUUGUCGUACAAGAUGACAUCACUACUGAUGAUGUCAUAGCCGAUAAUGGUUUGAUCAUAUAUGCGUUUGUUAUGGAAUGGCCACAGAAUGGGAUUCUAUUACUUGAUGGGCCAAGGAAUGCAACUUCUGCUUCUACAAUAAGAAUGUUGGGUUUGGAAAAUGUAGAUAUUCAAUACACAAGUCUCCAACCAACAGGUAUUGCUAUUGAAAUGCCAAUCGUUCCAAUCUCAAAACUCCCGCAUCAUCUGAUUUGGGUCCUCAAAUUGGUCGGUUUUCAGUAAAGCAUGAGUCAGCAUUAUUUAGUCCAUUGUGUGUAAUGAAUAUUGAUUGUGACAAUGCGAUUUUUGAACUUGUGUGAUAUUAUAUCAAAAACAAUAUUAUAACUUGAAUAAUUUAAAAAAAAUUUUGAUUAUUUAAAAAAUGUUUAAAUAUAUAUAUGUUUAAAAUACAGGGCGCUCAAAAAGUCACUGUGCAUUUUAUUAACAGACAUGUUUCAGUAUAGAAUCCAGGAGAUAAAUAUGAAUUACAAUUAUAAAUGAAUGAACCCUUUUUGUUUUGUUUCUAAACACCUCAAUCAGAAAUAUAAAAAGGGAAUAUUACAAUAGUGCAUAGAGACUUUUUGAACGCGCUGUAUAACUAAAAAAAAUUUUUUCGUUGAUUUUUCAGAAACAUAUGAUAUAACUAUAUUCAUAAUAUACCAGUGCUUUUUAAGCCUUUCAAUAAAAAACGGCAAAAUUUUAGACCAAAUUUCCAAAACUAGAUUUCACAAAACCUAUUCGUUUUUAUAAGCUUUAAAUAAAACGAUUUAACUUUAAAAAAAAAGAUAAAACAGCUGUGUGAACUACUGUAGUAUUUAGUUACAUACAAUAUUUACCUUUUUAAGUUACACUAUGGAAUAAGAAACACUAUUAAAGGCGCCAAACCUGGGGUGGCAGGGUAGGCGGGCCAACCCUUGAAUUUUCUACACUACAUUAAUCAGUAAACAUUACAACCAAUAAGUUGGAUAAGUUUAAAAUGCUUGUUUAACUAUCCCUGCCUCCCCUGUAUUUUAAAAAGUUUGGCGCCUAUAAUGGUAUAAUCAGUCUGCAUUAUUAUAAAUUUGUUUUUCAUAUAUCUGUAAAUUCGUUUGUGAUUUAAGCAAAAUGCUGUAAGACUAUUAAACAUAAAUACCCAUAGUUUUAGAAUAAAAGCAAUACUAAUCAAAUGUAUAUGGAGAUUAAAUUCAUGGCACUUAAAAACGUGCGCUAUGCAGUUCAUUUAAAUUCUUGUGUUGGUUGCAAAUGUAAAAUAAAUUGCUAUUAGACAUGUAUG